AUGUCUGCAACCACGACAAUAAUAGAUGGUAAGAACGGAUCCGUUCCCUUAUCAUCCAUGAAAGUGGGCAAGAAAUCAGUAACGGAAGACCUCGUGACAACGUUCAGCUCACCAGCAGCAUGGCUUCUUGUUCUUGCUCUGAUUGUUACCUGGUCAGCAGUAGCUAUUGUAAUGUUUGACUUGGUGGAUUACAAAGCCUUUGCAGGAAGAUCUGUUAACAAGCUCAGCACAGAACCACUGAGAAUCAUUCAUGAGACAUUGGAAGAAUCCACUGAUUGGCUUUAUGGCUUUAUUUCUUUACUGUCUGACAUCGUAUGGAGUGAUGAUGAUGACAGUGAUGAAGUGACACAUAAAGACAAACUGGAAAGACAAGAAAAACCUGAAAAAAAGGAAAGGCAUGCAGUUGUGCCAGAGACGGCAGAGACCUCAGGGAUGGUAGAAAAGUUUUUGAAAGUUCGAAUCAUGUCUUUUGGCAUCAGCAGCAGGCAGCAGGCAGCUGAAUCAAUCUUUCUAGUUUUUUCUAUUCACAAAGAGAAACCUGAAAAGCCAGAAAAACAUGAAAAGAAAGCAUCUUCUAAAGAGGAGAAGAAAAUAAAGAACACUAACGUGGAAGCAAAAGUUAAAAAGGAAGUGAAGGAUGGAAAAGGAGAAGCAAAGACGACUGAGAAGGUCAAGCAGGCAGAGACUAAAACAACAGAAGUUGGGCUAAUAAAAGCCAAACCGAAAAUUAAGGAGGAGAAAGCUCUUCAGACUGUAACUAAAUCGGAAAAGAAAGGUAAACAAAACCAGGAGGAAACAGACGAAGAUCUUAAAAAGGUAGUAGGGAAGAAGCAGAGACAAUGA